UAGUAUGCUACUUGCUCAGUGACAGUACUAUAUAUACUGCUACUCAUCUGCUGUUCUAAUCAACUCAAUUUCAAGAAUUAUCAAUUAUUAUUAUCGAGUUAUCAUGGUUUCAACAAGUAGUGUUACGCUUCUAGGUGCAUUCUUCAGCCCGUUUGUGAACCGGGUUCAGAUUGCGCUUAAUCUGAAGUCUGUUGAGUUUGAUUACAUUGAAGAGACAUUGAGUUCCAAGAGUAAAUUGUUACUUGAAUCUAAUCCGGUUCACGGGAAAGUGCCUGUUAUGAUUCAUGAUGAUAAGAUCAUUUGUGAGUCUCUGAUUAUUGUUCAAUACAUCGAUGAAGUCUGGACGGACAGUGGUUACUCCAUUCUCCCGUCUGAUCCCUGUGAUCGUGCUGUUGCUCGAUUCUGGGCUGCAUAUGUCGAUGAUAAGUUGAUUCCGAAUUUAAAGGAGCUACUACUGGCCAAAGAAGAGGAACAGAUUGCAGUAAAAGAGCGAAUAGACGAAGGAAUGGUGGCUCUGGAGGAGGUUUUUGUGAAAUGUAGCGAAGGGAAGGCCUACUUUGGAGGGGAAAAAAUCGGAUACAUUGAUAUUGUACUAGGAAGCUGUUUGGAGUUCUUUAAGGCUAUGGAACAAAUAAGUGGCCUGAAGAUGUUGGACGAAGCACGAACACCAGAGCUUGCCGGAUGGGCUGAGAGGUUUAUGUCGAAUGAUGCUGUUAAGAAUGUCCUUCCGGAGACCGAAAAAUUUGUAGAUGUUCUCAGGAGGAUUCAAUCCAACACCUUUUUUAACCCAGGGCCUGUCUGACUUGGGAAUCUUAAAAGCUUGUCCAUGCUUAAGUAGCUUGUUGCAGUGUGCUCCUGAAAUCUUGUGUAAAUGUGUGGUGUGUUCACUUUGGAAAAUAUGAGUGACCAAAAUGGAAUUUCUGAAAAUAAUUUAUAAUUAUAUGAUUUGCAAGUAACAGUUGCAUUUGGAU